CAGAGAGAGAGGGAAAGGAGGGAAGAGAAACAGCGGCUGCAAAGACACGCUGGGAGACAAAAGGAGAAGCAUAAACCUCUGGACAUGGAAAGGGAGGAUCUGCAAAGACAACUUGGGGAAGAGAAGGAGAGGCAGCAAGCACAAGAGCGCCAGGAGGAGGAGGAAAGACAGAAAGAAAUCAAAAGGGAGAGGGCGGACGCAAGGCAGAAAGACGAUCUCAAGAGGAAACUUGAAAGACAGAAAAAGAUAGACAGUGCCAAACGGGAGAUGGAUUCUGCUAGGGAAAAGAAAACACUGGAAAGGGAAGUUGAAAGACAAAGAGAGGCAGAAAGACUGCAAGAAUGGGAGCGACAAGAGAAGGAGAGGGCAGGACAGAACGAAAUGGAAAGAGAGAGGGCCAAAAGACAAAAAGAGGACCUUCAGAAGGAUAUUGAAAAACUUGAAAGAGAAAAAGAAGUCCUGAAGAUGGAACUUGAAAAAAGGAGAGAGACAGAGAUGAAGCACAAACAGGAGAGAGAAGAGGAGGAAAAGGAACAGAAAAAGAUGGAGCAAAACAAUGAGGCGGCGAGACAAAACGAAGAAAGAAAGAGGGAGAUUGAGAGAUCUGAAGCAAAUACCAGACAAAGAGAGAUUGAGCUGAAAGAAGAACAACUGAAGAGAGAGAGGAAAGAUAAAAGACAGAAAGAAAGGGAGAUAGCAAAGGAGGAGGCAAUACAAAAAGAGGACCUGGACAGGGAACAUGAAAGACUUAAAGAGAAUGAGAGACAGAAAGAGGCUGAAAGAUGUCAAGAGCAGAAGAGACUAAAGGAGAAGGCAGAGAGACAAAGAGAAAUAGAAAGAGAGAGAGAGGCUAGACAAAGAAAGGAGCUGCAAAAAGAACUUGAAAGACUUAAAGAGAAUGAGAGACAAAGACAGACAGAAAGUCAAGAAGAAAAAGACAGACUAAAGGAGGAAGAGAGACUGAAAGAACUGGAAAAAGAGAGGCAGAAGGACAAACAAAAAGAAGAUCUUAAGAAGGAAAUUGAAAGACUUAAAGAGAUUUCAAGACAAGGAGAGAUUGAAAGUCAACAAGAAAAGGAGAGACUAGAGGAAAAAAGACAAAAAGAGAUUAACAAAACAAGAGAGGAGACAAGAGAAAAGGAGGCACUUCAGCUGGAACUUGAAAAAACGAGAGAGACAGAGAAGAAGCUCAAACAGAAGAGAGAAGAGGAGGAAAAGGAACUGAAAAAGAUGGAGCAAGAAAUGGAGGCGGCGAGACAAAACGCAGACAGAAAGAGGGAAAUUGAGAGAUCUGAAGCGAAUACAAGACAAAGAGAGACUGAGAUGAAAGAAGAACAACUGAAG